AUGCCCACGGAUGUCUACCAGCAAAUUCAUCUGAAAGUCUUGUACUUCUCAAUGUCCUCAAGGAAUGCCCGUCCGAUAUCUAUUCCUGCUCUCGUUUCACCUUCUGGUGAACGGUUCCCCGUUUUGUCCACCGCCCUGAGCGAAUAUCCAACGAUUACUCCAAGCACCACCCUCAUCUCUUUAAAAACUCGCCACCGCAAACAAUACAACUUCACUGUCUAUCACCGGUACGAUGAAGGCAUGAUCCGUAACCGAGCCGCCGCUGCCAUUGCGCCGGAAGUUCACUGGGCAGGGGAUUUAUUGCUAGUCCGGGAAGGGAGUCGCGUUAACUUCACGGAUCUGUCCAACCGUGAUAUCUCUUUUGCGAAGACUGCUGUUCGGCGUCAAACGAACAUCGGUGUACUUAGCUCGUCGAGCAACUCGCGUUGA